GAUGGCGUGUCUACUGGAGACCCCAAUCCGCAUGAGCGUCCUUUCGGAAGUGACAGCUAGCAGUCGCCACUAUGUUGACAGGCUAUUUGACCCUGAUCCCCAGAAAGUUCUACAAGGUGUUAUAGACAUGAAAAAUGCUGUAAUUGGAAAUAACAAACAGAAAGCCAACCUCAUUGUUUUAGGAGCAGUACCAAGACUCUUAUAUCUGCUUCAGCAAGAAACUUCGAGCACAGAGCUAAAAACUGAAUGUGCUGUGGUCUUGGGAAGUCUUGCUAUGGGUACUGAAAACAAUGUCAAGUCUCUCCUGGACUGCCAUAUUAUUCCUGCCUUGCUGCAAGGAUUACUAUCUCAAGAUUUGAAAUUCAUUGAAGCUUGCCUUAGAUGCCUUCGCACCAUUUUUACCAGUCCAGUUACCCCAGAGGAACUACUUUAUACAGAUGCUACAGUUAUACCACACCUCAUGGCACUGCUUGGUAGAUCUCGUUAUACACAAGAAUACAUUUGUCAGAUCUUCUCUCAUUGCUGCAAAGCACCAGAUCAUCAAACAAUUUUAUUUAACCAUGGAGCAGUACAGAAUAUUGCUCAUCUGUUAACUUCAGCGUCAUACAAAGUUCGAAUGCAAGCACUGAAAUGCUUCUCAGUUCUAGCUUUUGAAAACCCCCAGGUAUCCAUGACCCUUGUAAAUGUUUUGGUUGAUGGAGAAUUAUUACCCCAGAUUUUUGUGAAGAUGUUACAGAGGGAUAAGCCUAUUGAAAUGCAGCUCACAUCAGCAAAAUGCUUAACAUAUAUGUGCAGGGCUGGAGCAAUUCGGACAGAUGACAACUGUAUUGUGUUAAAGACUUUGCCUUGUUUGGUUCGAAUGUGCAGUAAGGAGAGAUUGCUAGAAGAGCGAGUUGAAGGAGCUGAAACACUUGCCUAUCUGAUUGAACCAGAUGUUGAACUACAAAGAAUUGCCAGCAUUACAGAUCACCUUAUUGCCAUGCUUGCUGAUUACUUCAAGUAUCCCAGUUCAGUCAGUGCAAUCACUGAUAUCAAAAGGCUUGACCAUGAUUUAAAGCAUGCUCAUGAACUUCGCCAGGCUGCUUUCAAGCUUUAUGCCUCUCUUGGAGCUAAUGACGAAGACAUCCGGAAGAAGAUCAUUGAGACUGAAAAUAUGAUGGACCGAAUUGUGAAUGGCUUGUCUGAGUCUAGUAUCAAGGUGCGGUUAGCUGCAGUCAGAUGUUUGCACAGUUUAUCCAGGUCUGUGCAGCAGCUUCGAACCAGUUUUCAGGAUCAUGCAGUGUGGAAACCUUUAAUGAAGGUUUUACAAAAUGCACCAGAUGAAAUUUUAGUGGUAGCAUCUUCCAUGCUAUGUAAUCUACUGCUUGAAUUCUCUCCAAGCAAAGAGCCUAUUUUAGAAUCAGGAGCCAUAGAGUUACUUUGUGGUUUAACCCAAAGUGAAAAUCCUGCUUUACGAGUGAAUGGGAUUUGGGCUUUAAUGAAUAUGGCAUUUCAGGCAGAACAAAAAAUAAAAGCAGAUAUUUUACGAAGUUUAAGUACCGAGCAGUUAUUCCAGUUGUUAUCAGAUUCAGACUUGAAUGUGUUAAUGAAGACUUUGGGACUUCUCAGAAAUCUCCUUUCCACUCGCCCCCACAUAGACAAGAUAAUGAGUACUCAUGGAAAGCAAAUUAUGCAAGCUGUCACACUAAUUCUGGAAGGGGAGCAUAAUAUAGAAGUCAAAGAGCAGACAUUAUGUAUAUUGGCCAAUAUAGCAGAUGGAACAACCGCAAAAGAACUCAUUAUGACCAAUGAUGACAUUUUGCAGAAAAUUAAGUAUUACAUGGGUCAUUCCCAUGUUAAACUACAGCUUGCUGCCAUGUUUUGUAUAUCAAACCUCAUAUGGAAUGAAGAAGAAGGUUCACAAGAACGGCAAGAUAAAUUACGAGAUAUUGGCAUCGUAGAUAUUCUACACAAACUCAGCCAAUCACCAGAUACAAACCUUUGUGAUAAGGCAAAGACAGCACUGCAGCAGUAUCUCGCAUGAUGGGAGAUCCAGCGAGUCUUCAGGUCCCCCUCCCGUUUGUUUAAGGAAUAACAGGAAAUAGCCUCAUUGGGUUCCUUAUAUUUGCACAAGUCACCUUGGACUGAGUUUCUCUCAUGUGCAGGGAGCUGUUUUGCAAAAGCAAUUUAGUAGAAUAGAUCUCAGAUACAUCUUGAGAACCUUCUUCAAGGUAGUAACUUACUCAGAGGACUAUUGUGUUUAUUUUUUCCUGAGCUACCUGGACUCUAUUAGAACAAUCAAUCGUCAUUUUCCUUUGGACCUACAAUUUUUUGCCUAU